CCCAAAUGUGUCAAAAUUUGAAUGACAUAACCUAACUUAAUUUUGAAAUCGUUGGUCUUUUUGGUAUUUUUUAAAAAAUGAACAUUACACAAGUUAUUUUAAGAAAACUGCCAUCAUCGCAAAGUACAUUUUUACGAAUAAACCUAACGUGUUCCAAGACGAUUUUUUGUCAGAAAAGCACGAAUAAUCCCCCAUCGAGCAGUAGCAGCAGCAGCAGCGAGAGUUCAUCCGAUUCCGACGAAAUAGCUCAGAAAAAGAAAGCUUCCAAGGAGCAGAUGGCCGAGAAAUUAAACAAUUUAUUACAGCAAAUGGUUUCGGAUGACUAUACCAAACGCUUGGACCUGGCAAAACCUUCAAAUAAGAGAAUUAAAUCUCGAAAACCUGAAGAAAAGGUAGAGUCUGAAGAAAAACAGGUGUUAAAUGCUGUUAAGGACGUGGCUCAGUCUAUUGAAGGUGACAGUAAAAAAAUUGAGUCUGAAUUGCUGACAAAACUUUUGAAUCCUUUGGAUUCUGAAAGAUCGGCGACUACACUGAGUGAUAUUAUCAAAGGAAUGAAAAUUGAGAGGGAGGUAAAACAACCAGAAGUCAACAGAGCUGAACAAGUGAGGAGGGUACUUCAGAAUAUUAGUACACAAACACAGGUUCCUCAAAAGGACCACAGAGUAGCACCAAGAGAGAAAUUUAGACCCAGACCUGUGGAAGAUGUAGUGUUUGAAAAGAUCGAUUUGUUUGGGAGCGAAUCGUUGGGUAUAUUUAACGAUAACUCCAAACUUGAGGAUGGUCCUCAGCUAAAAACCUGGAGCGAACUGGCAAAAAAGGAUCUUAAACUUGCCGUAACUCAUCCCCCUGCCAAUUAUUUCCAGGAGAUGAUCCUGUGGACUGAACAGGGAAAAAUAUGGAAAUUCCCCAUUAACAACGAAAUAGGUCUGGAUGAAGAAGCCAAAGUAUAUUUUGCCGAUCACGUAUUUCUAGAGGAGCAUUUAGAGCCAUGGUGUCCCCCUAAAGGCCCCAUAAGGCAUUUUAUGGAACUAGUGUGUACGGGCCUGUCAAAAAAUCCGUAUAUCACUGUAGAGACGAAAAAGGAGCAUAUUUAUUGGUAUAGGGACUAUUUUGGGGACAAAGAAACAUUGUUAAGGGAUGUUGGUGCUAUUCCACAAGAUUUUUCAAUGGGAACAUCGAAUGUAGUUGAUAAGGAAUAAUUUUUAGUUUUUUUUCAAAGUGUAAUUUGAGGGCAGACAUAUAAAAAAUGAUUUAUUUAAUAAUUGUUAGUUAUAUUGUAAUUUUUUUAAAUACCGUUAUUUAAAAUAGUAUAUUCUCUGUAUAACUUCCUUCUCACAUGGAAAAAUAAUAUUUUUAUUAUGUUUCUACUAAAUAUUAAUAACAGACUAAAAUAUGUCGAAAUCUGGUACAAUUAUUUUAAAUAUUAAAAUCUGAAUAGAUAUUUUUAUAGUUUUUUUUAAUAAAUCCAAGGCAUUUAUAUUCA